GGUUCGACCGGGCCCCGGGGGCCGGCCGGGGCCGGGGCCGGGCCCGAGUUGGCGGUUGUGAGGGCGGCAUGGAGGGCCUCCCUCAGAGGCCCCGGGCCCAGCCGCCGCCGCCAACCACCACCACCACCACCACCGAUCCUCCCUCAGAACGGCUGAGGCCGACGAGAAGUCCACCUGCUUCGCAAGCGAAAAUCUCCGGCUUCAGCCCCGGGUCGGCCAUGGCUAAACCUCCAGUGCUGAUGGCUCCCUUGUUGACCUCGAAGUUGUCUGCGAAUGCCCCCGAGUUCUACCCAUCAGGCUACAUUUCUAAUUAUUCAGAAUCCUCCUUUGAAGAUGGGUAUGAUGGGUAUGCCACUCUUGCAGAAUAUGUACAGGAUUUUCUGAACCACCUCAAAGAACAUCCGGGCAGUUUUGAAAAUGUCAUUGAGCAGUUUGCGGAGUCUCUUAAUGGUUGGGUCACUUCAGAUGAAACGUUACAAGAACUCGUGGAACUCAUUUACCAGCAGGCUACAUCUAUCCCCAACUUUUCUUACAUGGGAGCACGGCUGUGUAACUAUUUAUCUCAUCACUUGACCAUCAGUCCUCAGAGUGGAAACUUCAGGCAGUUGCUACUUCAAAGAUGCAGAGCAGAAUAUGAAAACAGAGAUCAAGCUGCAAAGGGAGAUGAAGCUACUCGAAAACGAUUCCAUGCCUAUGUGCUCUUCUUGGGAGAACUUUACCUUAACCUGGAGGUUAAGGGAACAAAAGGUCAGGCUACAAGAGCAGAAGUCCUUCAGGAUGGUCUUCGAGAGUUGCUGAAUGCCCUUUUUUCUAAUCCUGUGGACAACAAUUUAGUAUGUGCAGUAAAACUGCUAAAGUUGACAGGGUCAGUUUUGGAAGAUGCAUGGAAAGAAAAAGGAAAGACAGAUAUGGAAGAAAUGAUUCAGAGAAUUGAAAAUGUUGUCCUAGAUGCAAAUUGCAGCAGAGAUGUAAAACAAAUGCUCCUGAAGCUGGUUGAGCUACGGUCAAGUAACUGGGGUAGAGUCCAUGCGGCCACAACAUUCAAAGAAGCGACACCAGAUAAUGACCCCAAUUACUUUAUGAAUGAACCUACAUUUUAUACAUCUGAUGGUAUCCCUUUCACUGCAGCUGAUCCAGAUUACCAAGAGAAAUAUCAAGAACUACUUGACAGAGAAGAUUUCUUCACAGAUUAUGAAGAAAAUGGAACUGAUUUAUCAGGAGCUGGAGAUCCGUACUUGGAUGACAUCGAUGAUGAGAUGGAUCCAGAAAUAGAAGAGGCAUAUGAAAAGUUUUGUUUGGAAUCUGAGCGAAAGAGAAAACAGUGAAUCUAGUAGAAUAUUAGCUUUAUAAAGCUGUUUAGUUAGUGGGAAAUAGUAAAAAAGGAGAAAAGUACAAUUGUACCAAAUUAAGGAUCUUGAGUUUAGGUUACUAAUGGAUGCAAUUUCAAUUUUGUUAUAAAGUGUCUACCAAAAAAAGUAACACUUACUCCCUGUAACUUAAAAUGUGUGUAUAUAUACCAUGGUUUAUUCUGUACAGUUUAAAUGAACAAUAUGUUCUGGCUGCAAAUCACCUUGACUUGAAGUAAUUGAACUGUUGAAAAUUUUAGUAGAGAUGACAAGAUAGUUGUCCCACUGAAUGUUUGUUUCCUCUCGGGGGAAAAAAGGCCUUCGUUAGACAUGCACAAUAUAUAGUUCACAGUUUAGGUUGAAUUUAAUGUUUACUAUUUAUGGGUCACAAUCAUGAAAAAAAACUUUAGAAUCUUUUUUUCAAGGACUUGGGAAUCAACUUUGUACCAGCUGAAUUACGUUGCAGGUACUGUUGAGGACAACAAGCUCUAAGUAUUUAUUGAUUACUCAUGGAAUGAAUCCAUAGUUAAAAGCGUAUACAGGAGAAAAGGCCUACAAAAUAACUUGUGCUCUUCUAAAAGAAAAAAUAAUUCAGAUAACUUGAGGAGCAUGCCCUUUCUCCACGUUUUGCAGUUUUAAAAAUAAAAAUGGUCUCAAUUUUUUAACAAAUAACUUGACUAUCCGGAAGAGGCCGAGGACAUUACAUUGUUCAGUGUUCAUUUAAACAAUUUGUUUUGAUUUUUGUAGCUGGAAUUUUAUUGACAAUUUGUACUGGUUAGGAAUUUUAACAGAUCCUGAAGUCACCUGUUUGUUGCCUUCAGUUUUUCAUCUGCUUUAUAAUUUUUCCAGACCUUAAAAGGAAGCUUUUUCUAAAACUCUGUCUUUUGAUUGCAGUAGAGUUCCAUCUCCCCCGUUCCUCGUUACUAGAGUGAAGUAGGAUGCCUAGUGCAUUUCAAAGUGCAGCUUGUUUCCAGCUUCCUGAAAAGUAGGCAAAAAUUACAUAUGUACAAAGAGGAUUGUAAAUAUGCAUGUAAAUAGUUCUGUUAAUAAUGCACUGUAAUACAUUUGGUACAACCAUAUGUGUUAGCUAAUACAAUUAGCCUUUGACUUCCUGGCUGUUCAUUUGUUUACAAUAUAAGUUAAAACUAGUUUUUGAAAAUAAAAUUUAAAUUGCUUUUUC